AUGGGAAGUCUCUCCGUCUCCGUCGUGGCUUUGUCGCCGUUUCGGCCUCAGACACAGAUAUACCUUACAAAUGUCAGUUAUCGGACAAAACUCAACUUGUUUAGUCUAAAACCGACAAGGAUUUGCACGAAAAUUGGAGGUUUGGGCGGGAAUCGGAGAGAGCAGAAAGAUUCGAGAUUCGUCGAUGAAAAUGGCGUGGUUGAUGACAUGGAAGGUUACUUAGAUCAUCUUUCUCUCGAAUACGACUCUGUCUGGGACACUAAACCCUACUGGUGUCAGCCAUGGACGAUAAUGUUAACGGGUCUAUCAAUCGUAGCAUGUAGCUGGGCAAUACUACAUUCGGUCUUAGUUUCAUCGCUUACGGUUGGUUUAAUUGGCGCUUGGUGGUACAUUUUCCUUUAUAGCUACCCAAAGUCGUAUUCAGAAAUGAUUGCUGAAAGAAGGAAAAGAGUAGCUGAUGGUUUUGAAGAUAUAUACGGCAAAAACAAGAGUUCAUAG